AUUCGCUUGUUCUUCGCAAACGUGAUUCACUAAGCUCCUCGAGUUCAAAUCUGCAAUUAUCCUACUUUUCUCUUCAUGGAAUGACUGAAUUUGUUAGAAAUUUUAGAAAUUUUUGCAUACAAAAAGUGUAACUGGCAAAAUAGAGACGUCUAAAGAAUAACUUAGCUCAAGUCAAACUGCAUCGUAAAAGACUAUUAGCAGGCGAAAGCCUAAAAGAUAUUGAUCAUGGAAAGAAGCCGAAAUUUUGUUUGAUGGGAAGAAGUAAUAUAAAUCAAAGAAUUUUGAAUAUGGAUAAUAAGGAUAUAAAUAAUGACUUAUUAACAAUCAAAAGGACCAAACAGAAAGGAAAAGGUCACAAAAUUAUUUAUGCAAAUUAUAAGAACACAAAUAAACCAAUCUCAGUGACGGCCCAAAAGAAUGUUUUCAUCGUUAAUUUCCGACAGGACAGGAAGUUUAGUAAAAAAACUGAGCAUGAGAUCGACAUGACUAGAAAACCCAUAUUAGAAUUUACCAAAGCUAAAGAUGAAGUUCUGAUACAUAUAUUUUUUGCUGAAGGAAAUUUGGAUUCAGAAACUGAAUAUAACGCAGAUGAGGACUCUGAAGAUAGUAAAGAUGAUGUAAUUGAGCAUACGCAAAAUGAUAAAGUUAAUUUAAACGAAGAAGAUACCGUAAAUGGAAAUAUUAUAGAAUCUUCAAUUUAUGAUUCCGGAGAAGGUGUUAAAAUCUCUACUAAUCUGUUUGAUCCUGAAGUUAGAAUUUUAAAGCACGUUAAAAAUAACUUUUCCUUGCAAGGGGACCACGCAGAAUAUACAAUCGCAGUGAAAAAAAUUGUACGAGAAAUGGUAAAAGUCGACUUAACUAAAGAUAAAGCCACAAUAAGAUUUUCUACAAGAGAUCCUGAUUUUCUGAAAAAGGAAAAUGCAACACAAGACACAAUUUUUGAAUAUGUGCAUUCAUUCGAGUACAUUAUAAAUCCGAACAAGUGUCAUCAUACGAUCAACGAAAAGAGUAUAGUUAUUACUCUGAAAGUGGAGUCAUCAAAAGAUACGAACUGGAAAUCUCAAAAAAAGGUGGCGACAGUUCCACCUAUUACAAUGGAGCAGAAUAAAAAUUCAUCUGAUUUUCAUGAAAAUUUUAUUAAAACUCGAAAUAUUGAAGGAAAUAAUGUAUUGAAAAAUAAUUUGAGUAUCCUUCCACAUAACAAUCGUAGUAAAAUGAGAGAUAGAGAAUACCAACCUGGGUUUACUGGUCUUAGGAAUAUUGGUAAUACGUGCUAUUUUAACUCAAUUCUUCAAAUUUUGGUUAACACUCAAGAACUGAGAGAUUAUUUUUCAAGUAGGCUAUACAUUAAGGAAAUAAAUAAGACAAACAAAUUGGGAUACAAUGGAGAACUAGCCAAAGAAUUUGCUAAUCUCACAGAAAAUAUGUGGUCAGGAGACUUAUCAGUGUAUUCCCCCAAUAAAAUAAAAUCUGUUUUGGAAAAAAAGUCAUCUCAAUUUAGAGGUUUAGGUCAGCAUGAUGCUCAUGAACUAUUUUCUUGUCUAGUCGAUGGUCUACAUGAGGAUUUAAAUACAAUUGAACACAAACCAUAUAUUGAAAUACCGGAUUUUGACCCAUCUAAAACAACGGAGAAAGAUUAUGGAGACUUGACUUGGAAGAUGUAUUGUAAACGGAAUCGAUCUCAUAUUUCUAAAUUAUUUUGUGGCCAAUAUAAAUCGAAAUUGACUUGUUUAACAUGUCGAAAGGUCUCCAUAGUUUUUGAUCCGUUCUCAAGUUUAUCUCUUCCACUCCCUGAAGAAAAAUCAGCAGCAGUUUUUACUGUAUUUUUCAAAGAUCUCACUCGAAAACCGACAAAUUACAAAUUAGGAAUAAAGCCAGGAGUUUCCAUAAUGAAACUUAAAGAAAAUCUUUCAGACCUAACGGAUAUACUACCUGAGAAUAUGGAUAUUUUCAAAGUGAAUAAAGAUGAAUGUAGAGUAGAAGAAUGUGAAAGAAAUGGCUAUUUUCAACAUUUUAAUUGCAGUGAUCAUAACUAUUCUGUUUUCGAGAAAUACUGCGAAAGAGAUACCAGAAAAGAGAUGGUACAAAUCAGGGUUUCUCAAGUGCUUGAGUGUCCGAAUUCCCAUUUAAAUAGUUGUACCUUUUGCAACAGUACUCCUUCAAAGUCACCAAGAAGAUGUGAAGGAUGUUUUAAAGUUGCUUAUUGUAAUUCAGAUUGCCAAAGAAAACACUGGGAGAAGAGACAUCGACAAGAAUGCUAUCUUGGUAGUCCAAUUGCCGUGCCUCUUGUCAUAAAUAUUCCGAAAUCUGAAGCAACAUUCAAAAAGAUUUCAAAUUUAAUUCUUAAAUAUGCUCAAUAUUCGGUCGAUGUGAUUGACCGAAAUACAAAUAAUGACAUCUUAUCGAAUUUCUCUAGUAACAAAAGUUCUUCAAUAACGUCAUCAGAAGAUAGCAACGACAGUAAUUCUGAUUGGAAAAAUUCCCCCAAAAGAUCCUCAUCCAGCAAUGGCGACAGUGACAGUGGGUCCAGUUAUUCGACAGAAAACUCACCAUCACCUAUUAGAAACUAUGACUCAAUUAAUAAACGAAAGCUAUUUAGCUUACAUCAAAUGGAUACCAUAAGCCGGGUGCUGAGUUCAAUCUGGAAAAAGACUCUUAUUGAGGAGCCCGAAAAUGACUCACCUCUCACCUUGGAUCCAAUAACCAAAGUCACCGUUCUUUGGAGAAAAUCAAAGGAAUAUUUAAUUAAACAAAAAGAGCGACUCGACUCCCAGGAUCAUCGUAGCAUGAAAGAUUGCCACACUAAUGAUAUUUACAGCUGUUUAAAAUUAUUUAUGAGGGAAGAAACUUUAUCAAUGGGAGAUGAGUGGUAUUGUCCCCAAUGCAAGAAACAUAGAAAGGCAACAAAGGAAAUAAGCCUUUGGCGCUUACCACCGAUUCUAGUUUUACAUUUAAAAAGAUUUAAUGCAGGAUCAAUGAUUCGGAAUAAAGAUGAACGUGACAUAAAUUUUCCAAUUGGGGAGCUAAAUUUAGGACAGUAUAUGAGGCUCUCGGAGGCUGAGCAAACUGAACAAGCUGUUUAUGAUCUAUAUGGUGUGGUUCACCAUCAUGGAACGCUAUUCUAUGGGCAUUAUGCAUCUUAUGUCAGACUUAUGUCUGCUACUGAUCCUGGGGAAUCUGAAAUAGACUGGCGGUACUGCGAUGACUCGCAUGUAACAGAAGCGGAGGAAUCCGAGACAGUUAAACCAUUUGCUUAUAUCUUAUUCUAUCGAUUGCGAAGAAAUCAAGAUAUCGUAAAAGAUGAUCUGGCAAUAAGCGAAAGUGAUUCGGAUGAUUAUCCUGGUUCUCUGGAAUACACCAAUGGGCAAAAAUUUACAACAACACUAAUAAAUAAUAACAGAACUGAUAACCGUAAUAUUGUAUGUUACACUGACAGCGACGACAAUCCAGAGAGUUUGGAUUAG